GCCGCCACCGCUGCUGCCCCCUCCCGGGGCUUGGUGGGUGUGAGUGUGGGGGGCCGGGAAUCCCCCGCACAGACCCCACCCCUCACAUGCGCAAAGAGACACGCGUACAUGCGAAUACCCACGGGCGGGCACACGUCCAUGUUCACAAUUUACACAGUCACACACAACACCCACUCAAAAUGUACGGACAUGCAGACGCAAAAUCGCAUACACGUUUACACCCACAGCGUCGUUGUAGAACGCACAGACCCUGAGACAGGUACAUACACCUAGGUAUACGGUUUACACAGCCACAAGAAUUAUACCACACGCGCAGAUUCGCACACUCGCACACACACAUCAGUCAUGUAGGUACAGUUGCCCAGCGUCUUCGGCACAUAGAUGUACCCACGGGUUCAGAACUGCACAACCAACCAGACUCCCACACUCAGGCUCAAAGACCGACCCUAAGGCACUUUUACACACACACACACACACACACACACACACACACACACACUCACACUUGUUAGCCCCCAACGGGCUGAAAGUUUGCAGGAGGGACGGGAGACAAAGGUGCAGGAGAGAAGCAGGAAACCAGGGGACUGGAGACUAUGGGCCGCCUCCAUUUGGCGUGAUUGGGAGUUGGACUGGUUCUUUGGGCUCUCUCCCCACCCCCACCUGCGUCGCCGCUGCCUGUCGUCCCCCUUCCCCCUGCCCGCGGUUCCCGUGGUCGCUGCCGCAUGUCCCCCCUUUCAGUGUAGCCACCGAGCUGGAACGCAGCCCUUCCCGGCGUGCUGCGGGAUCCCUCCGCGGGUCACAUUCCAGCCUCCAAGUGGGGGGUGGGUGGAGGGGGAGAAUGGAGAAGGCUCCCAACUCUAGGGUUGGGAGAUAGGAUUCCUGGUUUCCCCCAGCAGGUGCGACAGUUCAGGGUAUCCCCCAGAGUCCCAAGGGUUGCUGGAGGAGGGGCUGUUGAGGGUGGCCAGUUCCCUUACCUGGUGAAUCCAGAGAUGGGGUAGGGGCUGGGGGUUAGAUCUGCUUUUCCCCCUGAGGAAGAGAAGGGGAUCUCCAACAGAGGCAGGUAUUCCUUCUGGCCUUUGGGAGUGGAAGAAUCUUGGAGAAGGUGGGGUGGGGUUCCUUUGGCUGUGGUGGGAGAAUCCACCCAUGUCUUCCCAGGGUGGCCCACAUUCCUAGAGGUUCUGAAAUGAGCCUGAUGAUCUCAUCCCUCCACACGGGGGCAGGGGGUGACAGAUAGAACCUGUGCUGGGAAUUGGGGGGUCUGGAUUUUCAGUGUGACUCUGGUAUGGGCUCUGGUGACCUUGAACAGAUUGCUUUCACUCCUCUGGACCUCCUGGCUCCCACGGAAGGGCCUGUCUGUGAAAUUAGGGGGGCAUAGCUUAGGCGACUUCUGGGACCCUUACGGUUCUGUCUAGCCAUUUUAUGGAUAGAGAAGGUGGGCUUGUCUAAGGUCAUGUGCUAGUAGCGGUUUGAAGAAUAACAGUGAUGAUCAAAAUAACAGUAGGAAAAGGGUUAAUUAUGUGCUGGUAGACUCUGAGGAUUCCUCAGAAAGUGGAUUGAUGAGAGACUCCAGGACCCUCCAGUAGUCUCCCUGUCCCAGCAAUCCUGAAAUCCAUCUGACCACCUGUCUCUCUUAGAUUCUGCACCAAGGGGUGGGGCUGGGGCUCUUCCCUUGCUUUCCCGUGGCCACUCUAAUCUGAUGGUUUCCUGAGAACCAACUGUGGGUGCUGACUUGUGACCAUUUGUGGUAGGAGAGAGAGAGAGAUGAGAGGGCUAGGUUUACAGUCUCUUGCCCACUAGUCCCUGUGCUCUUACAGUUCCUGCUGCAACUCAGGCACCAACCAGGCUUUAAGGUGGUCCUAAGAAACCAGAAAGCAAUGUCAAGACAACAGAGAAGCUCUGCCAAGGCUGAGAGUGACAAACGUCUAAGUGUGGGGUCCGGCCAGGGGCCAGGGUCUGUAGUGGAUGAGCACCAGGACAAUGUCUUCUUCCCCAGUGGGCGACCGCCUCACCUCGAAGAGCUGCACACGCAGGCCCAGGAGGGGCUCCGUUCCCUCCAGCACCAAGAAAAACAGAAACUGAAUAAAGGUGGUUGGGACCAUGGAGACACCCAGAGCAUCCAGUCCUCCCGGAUGGGGCCAGAUGAAGACAGCAUCUCUUUCUGCAGCCAGACCACAUCCUACACGGCUGAGAGCUCCACAGCAGAGGACGCUCUCUCCAUCCGCUCAGAGAUGAUCCAGCGCAAAGGGUCCACCUUCCGACCCCAUGACUCAUUUUCCAAAUCGUCCGGGAAGUCGGGGCGGCGAAGGCGCGAGAGGCGGAGCACGGUGCUGGGACUGCCGCAGCACGUGCAGAAGGAACUCGGUCUGCGGAACGAGCGUGAGGCACCAGGUACCCCUCGGCCUCCUGGUCCUCGGGAUGCCGUCCGCAUCCCCACGGUGGAUGGCCGUCCAGCGGGCCCGGCCUCAGGGACAGGGGCCCGGGUGUCCCUGCAGGCGCUGGAGGCACGGGCCCAGGCCGGUGCCGAGGCCGAGGCCAUGCUGCAGCGCCACAUCGACCGCGUCUACCGGGAUGACACCCUCGUUGGGCGGUCCACAGGAGCCCGGCCCCCGCCAGUGAUACGGCCCAUGUCCUUAGCGGUGCCCGGACUGACAGGAGGGGCAGGGCCUCCAGAACCCCUGAGCCCAGCCAUGUCCAUCUCGCCCCAGGCCACCUACUUGUCAAAACUGAUUCCGCAUGCUGUCUUGCCGCCCACGGUGGACGUGGUGGCCCUGGGCCGCUGCAGCCUGCGCACACUGAGCCGCUGCAGCCUGCUGUCGGCCAGCCCGGCCUCUGUCCGCUCGCUGGGCCGCUUCUCCUCGGCCUCCAGCCCGCGGCCCCGCAGCCGCCAUCCUUCCUCCUCCAGUGACACCUGGAGCCACUCUCAGUCCUCUGAGACCAUUGUGUCUGAUGGCUCUACCCUCUCCUCUAAGGGUGGCUCUGAGGGUCAGCCCGAGGGCUCUCUGGCUAGCAGUAGCGCGGCACCCCCUCCCCAGGCGGGCAGUGGGAGGGGCUCUCCCAGUGGGGGCAGCACUGCCGAUGCCUCCGACACUGUCAGCGUUCGGAGCAGUGGGCAGCUGUCCGGCCGGAGCGUGUCCCUCCGUAAGCUGAAGAGGCCCCCCCCACCUCCCCGCCGGACCUACUCACUCCAUCAGCGGGGCUCAGCAGCACCCGACGGGCCCUUGGGGUUGCCGCCCAGGCCUGAGCGGAAGCAGCAGCAACAGCUGCCUCGGCCACCCACCACUGGUGGGGCAGAAGGGACGGGGGCAGCUCCGUGUCCCUCCAACUCAGCAGGCACCUGGGUGCCUGGCUUGUCUCCAGGUGGCUCCCGGCGUCCCCCACGCUCCCCAGAACGGACGCUCUCACCCUCCAGUGGGUACUCGAGCCAAAGUGGUACUCCUACCCUCCCUCCUAAGGGUCUAACAGGGGCCCCUGCUUCCCCAGGCAAGGCCCAACCCCCUAAACCAGAACGUGUCACUUCCCUUCGUUCCCCUGGGGCCUCUGUCUCUUCUUCCCUCACAUCUCUAUGUUCCUCAUCCUCUGACCCAGCCCCCUCAGACCGGUCUGGUACACAGAUGUCGACUGCCCUGGGUGACAGGUUUGCCAUACCUCCUCACCCCAAGGUGCCCGCCCCUUUCUCCCCACCCCCUUCCAAGUCCAAGAGUCCUAAACAAGCUGCCCCCGCUCCUGCCACCCCUGCUGUGGUCCCCGGGCCGGUCUCUACUGCUGAUGUGAGUCCCGAGCCCCCACCAACUCCGCAGACCUCCCUGACCCCGCCACAGGAGUCACCCAGUGCCCCCAAAGACCAGUCACCCCCACCGUCCCCACCUCCAUCUUAUCAUCCUCCCCCCCCACCCACUAAGAAGCCUGAGGUCGUUGAGGCCCCAUCUGCCCCAGAGACUGCUGAGGAGCCCCUCCAAGACCCCAACUGGCCCCCACCCCCGCCUCCUGCACCGGAGGUGCAGGACCUUUCCAUGGCUGACUUCCCCCCACCUGAGGAGGCCUUUUUCUCUGUGGCUGGCCCUGAGCCUGCAGGCCCUUCAGGCCCCCCAGAGCCUGUUAGGUCCCUGGCUGCUUCAUCCUUCUCAGUUGCUGUCUCUUCCCAGAGCCAGCUUCACGGUUCCCCAGACCCUCCUCCGGCUCCACCAGCCCCACCUCCAGCUGGUUCUGUCUCGGGGCUUUUGGCCAAGCUCCCACGGAAGGAACCGGUGGGCUGCAGCAAAGGCAGCGGGGUUCCCAGGGAGGAUGCUGGCGCACCCCUGGUCACGCCCUCACUCCUGCAGAUGGUUCGGCUGCGCUCUGUGGGCGCUCCUGCGGCUGCUGCAACCCCGGCCUCCGGGCCGUCAGCCCCCCAGAAGCCGCUACGAAGGGCCCUGUCAGGGCGGGCCAGCCCAGCGCCUGCCCCCUCCUCAGGGCUCCAUGCUGCUGUCCAACUCAAGGCCUCCGGUCUGGCUGCCAGCAAGGACCCUGCGAGUGCCCAGCCCAAUGGACCGCCUGAGGUGGAGCCACGGUCUCCCCAGUCCCCUGCCUCUAUGGCCAGCUUCAUAUUCUCCAGGGGCACCAAGAAGCUGCAGCUGGAGAGGCCAGUGUCCCCUGAGACCCAGGCUGACCUCCAGCGGAAUCUGGUGGCCGAACUUCGGAACAUCUCAGAGCAGUGGCCACCCCAAGCCCCAAAGAAGCCACCUAAAGCUCCCCCACCCGUGGCUCGCAAGCCCUCUGUGGGGGUCCCGCCAUCCACCUCGCCCAGCUUUCCUCGGGCUGAGUCCCUUACUGCUCCUCCCACCAACGGGCUCCAUGCUGAAGACAGGACUAAGGGGGAGCUGGCGGAGAAUGGAAGUGUCAUGCAGCUGGUGGGCCUGGAGGAGCAGAAGCUGGGCCCACCUGGCUCAGACCCACAGAAAGAGCUGGUCUGACCGCCAGGCACCUCACUGGCACUGCUGACCCAUCCCAGGAAUACAAUCUCAGGGACCUGAGCAGCUCCAAGGAUGAGACGAUACGGCAGACACUUAACCUAGUAGAGAGGAUGCCUGCAGCCUUAACGUUCACAGCCUUCGAUAUUUAUGCAAGCCUGGUGUUGAUCCUGCCCUCCAAGUCAUCCAGCUCAUGCCUUUUCCUCCCUGGAUGGAUUCCCCUCUGGCAGCUGCUGCUUGUCUUGGCCUUAGCCUCAUCUUGAAGGAGGUAGCUGGUGGGAGUGGGUGGCUGCGCCCCCUGCUGGCCCUGAGGCCACACGGUUGGGAGGAGAGCGCCUCACAUGAAUUUUUCCUCCCCCCCCCCCCGCCCCAUGUCCAAAUCAUGCACAUACUGUAGUCCAGAAUCAAAGCACUUUUGACAAGUGGCUGCAUGUCCAUCCUCCAGGGCCCAUGAAGCCUCAUUCUAAGGGCCUGUUUACAUGGCGGCAGCAUCAGUCCCUGGUAGCCAGCCCAUAGCUGGGACCAGUCUGCUCCCUCCGAUCCAGUUUGCUCAUUUCCUAGUUCUUGGAGGUGGGCGAGUCAUUGUAUUCCCACAGGUUUCUCCAGGCUGGAGGUAGGAGCGGGGCUGUGGAAUUCCAAAGCACAAAAGGGGCAGCAGGGGUUAGCCCUCCUGUGCCUCAACUGACCACCAACCACCUGCCUUCCAGUUCUGCCAGGUGCUCCAUGCAGGGGACAAGAAGUGGGGACUGCCUGGGCCCAAAUGAGGGAGGGGGUGGGAGGGAGAAGAAGAGAGGAGGUCCACAGGCUCUGUCCUCAGAGAGUGGGAGGACAGAACAGGGAGGCCUCUCAGCGGGCACUUGGUAAUGCCAAGCAUCUGCCCCCUUGUUUCACUUGAUCAGGUUGGGGUGGGCAGGCAGGCGCAACACUUCAGAGGCAGGAGCCCAUGGGCUGUGGCAAAGCUGUGUCCCUUUCAGCUGUGCAGGAAGCCCUGAGGGAGGCGGGUGGAGGGUCUGGCCAGGGGAGCGCUUAUUUGGGCAGUGGGCCCAGACCUGGCCCUACAGAUUACAUUCUCUGACCUUUCUCUUUACUCGGUGCAUGUUCUUUCUGCAGCUGCCUUUCAGCACAGGUGGUUUCACUGGGGGGAGCUGACGCUGAGUGACAAGGAUGGGAAGGAAGCCAAAGGUGCAUUCUAUUCCAGACUCUUCCCUAGUCAGUGAAGGGGGUUCAGUGCUCCUAGGGAGCAGGCUGGGCGAUUGCCCCCUGGCCAUCAGCUUCUGCUACUGAGGUCUCCUCUAGGAAUUUUAAUGACCUAUUUUCAGCCUGUGGCUCCUACCUAGGUAAGCUGGCUUCCCCACUGGCCCCGGUGCCUCCCUUCACAGUAGUGUGACUGCCACCAGGGCCAUCCCUUCUGGCCUGAUCCUCUUUCCUCAACAGUGACUUGGGCUUGAGGAACCUCACUUUUAGCUGCUUCUGUGGAGAGGCUGAACCCCUCCCAGAACCAGAGCUGGGAACACAGGGGAUGUGGUAUGAGAGCCCAGGUUCCUGGGGCCCUCCCUCACUGCGGUCUUCUCCCUGUGGCUGUAAACCAGCGUUCUGUAAACCAAGGUUUCCCUUGCCCUUUGGGUAAUGGAGAGCGGCUGCUGGGUACAUGUCGCACCUGUCCAGUGAGCCGGGGAAAGAGGAGAGUCAGUCAGUAUGCACUGCUCUGCUCAGAGCUCCUGACCAGCCCCCUGGGAACCAAGACCAGGCCAAAGCCUCCACGAAAGAAACCUGGCCCUGGCAGCAGCCUUGGAGCUGUUGGAGAUGGAGAUGGGAGGGAGCCCAACUUCUGUGUCUCUUCCCCGCCCCCCCCCCCCCCCCAACGUUACUUGAGCUCCUUAUCCUCAGUUAGAAUCUUCUGAGCUUGUUUCCCCACUGGGUGGGACAGAGUACAAAGGAGAAGGGAGGAUCUAGAAGAGGCAACCCUUCUUUGUCCUCUGGGGUAAAUGAGCUUGACCUAGUGCAAAUGGAGAGACCAAAAGCCUCUGAUUUUUAAUUUCCAUAAAAAUGUUAGAGAGAGAGAAGUAUAUAUAUAUAUAUUUCUUUAAAUUUUUGAGUCUUUGAUAUGUCUAUACAAACAAUCCAUUCCCUCUGCCCUGAAGCCUGAGUGAGACACAUGAAAGAGCUGUGUGUGUGUGUUUCAUUCAAAGGUGUUAAUUAAAUGAUUAAAACGUG